AUGCGCCUGCGCAUAAAAACGACGUGCAACUCGGAACCGGCGCAAUCGCACGCACGACGCCGCGCAGACAGCCGUCAGAAUGCGAGUAAUACUAUGCACGUUGGCCGUCCUGGCUGCAUUUGUAUCAGUAAAAUCGGACAGCAAAGCGCGUAUAGUAUGCUACUUCAGCAAUUGGGCGGUGUACCGGCCGGGCAUCGG